AUGAGCACCAGAAUAUGCCUGUUGACACAGGAGAGAUUAGCAGAACAGUUUGCAGUGAACCAAAGCAAUACAGUCAGGGAGGUGGUCGUUGCGUUGCAAGACCAGUCCAGCAAAGUUACAUCGAAUUCCGAUGAGUACUUCAGGCUUAUCAAAAAUACUUUGUCUGAAUACGAAUGCAAGUCGAUGCGAGCCAAAUUAGAGUGCCUCUACACGGUGCUGCAGCACAAGUGCCCAACAGAUGCAGUUCGUCUGAUUAUGAACUAUUUCAUGGAGACACUUCCGGAUGGCUGUCCAUACAGUUAUGAUGAUCGUCUGCUCCGAAAUUCACAAAGCACUUCUCCGAUUACCGGUUAUAUGCAAAAUGCCUACGAGCCUGACGUUUUCGUGAAGGAGCGAAACAGUAGAGCAGAAAAGUCGUUACCAUUUGGAGCACUACAGGAAAGAAAUCAAGGAAACCCGCAAGGCAUUCAACAAUGGUGCUUUUUAGCUACUAUCAUGAAUUUGUUAACGAUUAUAUUUUGGAAAAGGUAUUCUGUCUGAACAACUCAUUCUAUCUAUAUUGCCGUCAACUAGUUCUUACAUGAAU